GCGCGUCCGCGGUGCGUCAUAAUAAUUGAAUGUAACGCUUGCACGUACAUGCACAUGUACAGUUGCCUCCGCUCUCUGCCCCCAUAUUUCCGUUCUGUGCACAUCCGCGUGUAGAGGAUAGGAACACGGCAGCCAGCAGUGAGGUUGAUCAUUGAGUAGGUUGUGCAUAAUAUCCGGUUGUGUAGACGCAAACCAGACUGAAGUGUCAAAUAUAACACAACCCACGGCAGUACGUACAGUACAUGUACAUGUACAUGUACAUCUACCGGUACUACCACGCCUAGUUCGACCAUCUUUGGCUCGACUACCUUGUGUAGAGGCCAAUCUCUGACCUGUAUCCUUCGGCUCAGACUUAUAUUACUUGAAUUCCUUCGUACGCGCAAGGUUCGCAGCUCUGAAAUCUCAAGAGAGAUAAAAGGUUCACCUCUGCAUUCUCUGUAGUUCGGUCACGUAUAACGUAACUACUGUACGCCUAAACUGAUACCCAGGCACUGCAUUCAGCGUGUGUAAGGAGUUUGUCCAGCGAAAGAAAAUGGCGCAAUUCAACGGCAAGUACAAGCUGGACCCUGAUACUAGUGAAAAUUUGGACGAAUUCAUGAAGGCACUCGGUGUGAAAGAAGAGUUUCGUAAGAUCGGUAACAGUGCUGUCCCUGAGGUAACCAUAGAAACAGCUGACGGCAAACACUUCAAGCUUACGACAGCGACAACCCAAACUACGGUUGUGGUCGAAUUUAAUCUGGGAGAGGAACUGGAACUAACCACACCAGAUGGAAGAAAAACUAAGAAUGUUUACACCUUGGAUGGCACUACCUUGAAACACGUUGAGACGCCAGCAGAUGGGAACGGGCCAACGGCAACGUACAACCGAACGCUUAAUGCAGCUGGAGAUAUUGAGAUGGUCAUAACAACUGGUGCUGUGACUUCGACACGACUUUACAAGAGACUGUAAUCACCAGGGGAGUGAGUCAAUGGAAAGUAGAUAUGCACGAUUCUAGUUUAAUGGUGACUCAUGCCAUGCAUGAAUUACGAAGUUAAAGAUUAAAGUACGCUAUAUUACCAAACCCUACCUAUCAGUCUGGGGUACCAUACGUUUUCGUAAUAGAACAGAGGAUUGGCCUCUGUAAACUCGAAAGCGAGAAACAUAGAAAACGAAUGAAUCCGUGAGCCUUUUACUACUCAGUUUGUUUCGAUUUGUGCACAUUCUAGACUCAUCAACUUUGAACAUUCGUCUCGGGAAAUGUUUGGUAAUUAAGUUGUACUGUUUUAAAGGUAUAUAUUGGCUAUAAUUGACGGGAUGGGCAAAUAGUGAAAAACUAACUCUCCAAAAAAGUACCGGUAGAAAAGUGAAAAUCCACUCCAAAAGAGUGAAAACCCACUCCAAACAAGUGAAAAUCCACUGCAAAAAAGUGAAAACCCACUCCAAACAAGUGAAAAUUACUCUAAAACAGGAGCCAUAUAAAGGACAACUCUUUCUCGGAUUGCCCUUUAUAUGGUUUCUUUAGAGAGUAGAAAUUCACUCUUUUGGAGUGGUUUCACCCUUUUCAGAGCGGUUGUCACUUUACUGAGAGUGGUCUAAUACGGGACUUACUCUUUUUUAGAGUGAUUUUCUUUUCACUCGUCUGCAUAAACACAUCUUCCAUCUGGAAUUAAGUGCAUGUUUGUUUCACGUUGACCACUGAACAAAAAAAAAACUAUAUAUUCUUCUCCAUCUACAAACUGAAUGAUCGAAAGCAUGGCCUUUCCUUAAUUUGAUAAAAACGGAUAAGACAUGAAUUUUGCAUGGUGGAGAUAGACUAAAGGGAGGGCUUGUGGUAACACCAUGUGGAUAGGUCUCUUUUUUUUUGGAAGAGGUAUGGUUCUGAUAAGAGCCUGUGAGUGUUCUCACUCGUGAUGAGGAUGACCAUAGUGCAACGGCCGAAACGUCGAGUACGCUAUCACCAGUUCUUAACAGAACCAUACCCGUACCUCUUUAAAAAGAAAAAAAAGGAGAUCUAUCGACAUGGUGUUACCGCAAGCCCUCUCUUGAUAAGAAACACUUUCUGUAGUAUAUUAUUCAUAUAACUUUUGUGUCUAAUGGUUGUUAUGAGUGAUGUACAUGUGUUUGAUAUGUCUGAUUACCAAAAGCUCGGUUUUCGUAUUAAGGAUACUUCACAGACACUUUUGAACUUCAUUUAGACAGGUGCAAGAUACUUCGAAGUAUUGAUAGUUGGUUUAUGGAUCAUUUUGAACAUGCAGUUAUCUCUAAGAGAGCAGGAGAGGACGCUGAUGACACCACGGGCUAGCAGAGGGUUUAUUCCUUUAAAGUGUUGCUGCAAUGAAUUUUUCUUUAGAUACAAUUUCUCUGAAACUUUGUACUCUUCUUCGAUGUAUGAAAAGUCUUUUCCAUUUCGAUCUGAGAAAAAAUACACUGAAAAUUGUACUUUGAAAUGUUUAACACUAUCAACCCUUUCCUAGAGAACUGAGGGCGCUGUUGCUGGGAUGUCAUUCAGGGAAGACAUAUAGUUCAGUGCAUAGGUUUUCUUCUGUUCAAAUUGAAAACCGAGCAUGCACUCAGUGAAAGCAUUUCUAAAAAUGUGAUUGAUGCUUAUUGCUAUGUACAUAAAUACCAAAGAAUCAGCAAAGAAAAAAAAUUUCUCCUGGGAUGACAUCACAGUGUUGCUCAUGAAGAAAAAAAAAUAUUAGCAUACAACGAAAAGAGCAGUCAAAUGGGCUUCAAAAUAGUGAAAUAAAAAUUAAAAACAAGGUUGACUGAGACAGAAAAGAACAUUAUGAAUGUUUGUAUUAAAAGAUAAUUGAUCGCUGAUUCCCUUUAAUUGUGGUAUUAAUUGAGGUUGGAAUUAUUGAACCGUGUUUGAGAAUUCUUUUUCCUCUUCCUAUUUCUCUGCAGUCUUGCCCACACUAGUCAGCUGAGGUUACACAUGUAUAUCGUCGGUCAAGCUAGGAUAUGGUUUAAAGAUCAGUCACAUCGAUAAUUCACAAUAAUUGUAUUUCACUUUUUAUGAAAUUUAGUACUACUUUAUUAUAAAAAGACGAAAAGGGCAGAGUAAGAAAAGCACAAAAGCUCUCAGUUACCAUCUAGCAACCCACACAAACCCGAAGCAUUAAGUAAAAACCAUGUAGAAAAGAAAAAUAAAGCCAUGCAUGAGAUAAA